AAAUCCAGACUUUAUUUCAGUGUCGAGCGAUCGCUGGCGUAGAACGGCUGAGGAAUUCAAGAUCAGCUCGGAAUUAAACUAAAACUGCCAUGAGGACGUUUGCCUUUGUCUGCCUGCUGCUGGGAUUUGUGGGUGUGGCCACGCCAAGGCGACACAGAGUAGCGCAGACUGACAGACUGCCGGUUACCCUGUACUACGAGGCCUUGUGUCCCUAUUGCAUGGAGUUUGUCACCACGCAACUUAGUCCUUCGAUGGUACGACUGGAUCGACUGCCAUACACCGAUCUCAAACUGAUUCCCUUUGGAAAUGCUCAGAGCGACGCCGCCGGAAAUGUGACCUGCCAGCACGGAUUGCAGGAGUGCGAGUUGAAUGCCUGGCAUGCCUGCAUAUUGGAACACCAUGAGAUUGCCGAAUCCCUGAAGCUGAUUGCCUGCAUGAUGAGGGGCAAGAAGAACAGGCUGGACAAGUGCGCCGAUCGCUACCGAAUCGACGUGGCCGAUGUCAAAAACUGCAGGCAAACGCGUCAGGUGAACGACAUUCUGCAGAAGUACGGCGAGGAAACCGCCAAGGUCUCGUUUCUGGGAGUGCCAGCCAUUGCUUUGGAUAACAUUUAUGAUGCCGACCUGUCAGCGAAUUUAACUGAUCAUUUUGAUAGCUUUUUUUGCGCCGCCUACAAGGAAAAGUUCCAAAAGAAACUGGACAAAUGCGAGUAAUAAGAAAUAUAAUUUUUCAGUUUAUACAUAAAUAAAAAUUUAAGAUUUAAAA